UUGGUGGACCAUAUGUGCUAUGUUACUUGAUCAGAUGUGCUGUGCUGGUUGACCAUAUGUGCUGUGUCGGUUGACCAUAUGUGCUAUGUUACUUGAUCAGAUGUGCUGUGUUGAUGGACCAUAUGUGCUGUGUUGAUGGACCAGAUCUGUUACUUGAUAAUAUGAGCUGUUUCGAUUGACCACAACUGCUGUGUUAUUUGAUCAUAUGUGCUGGGGUAGUUGAUCAUGUGUACUGUACUUUCAACUGACCAUAUGAUCUAUGGUACUUGACCAUAUGUACUGCUAAUUGACCGUAUGUGCUGUGUUAGUUGACCAUUAACUAGGUGACUCAUAACUGAAUUAUGUUCCUGUUUAAUUUGAGUCGAGGCAGUAUUCAAGCAGUUAUUCAAUGAGCGGAUAUAACCAGGGCUAUGUAGAGAACGUUUCGAUGAGAGUUCCCACACAGUGAAUCAUUUGGUUUCAAGAAAGUGAAAAGUGGUUCAAGUUCAAGGACAAUGUAGCAAUGGGCUGGGUAGCUAUCGUGGCUUUCCGAGGAGUGAUGGCUUACCGCUGAUUCUUCUGACGUAGACACUCCCCGAUAGUCACUUGUGAAUGUACACGUUGGUCAUAUAUUUACAAAGGAUAUUUUUUGGAGUACGUUGAUGAAUAGAUCGGAUCACAAGGAAGUCGACUACAGCCAUUGUGUCGUGAAUCAAGACACACGGCUUCAUAUGUCUAUUGUAUUCCUCCCAUUGUGCUGCUGUGUUUGUAUGUCUCCCUACAACCCGGUGUUGAGUGGAUAUUUUCCUACACUGGAUUGCACUUGUUAAAACUUGUACAAAGAUUUGGGUGGUGUUUCGGUGUUUAUUUAAAGACGUGUGAUAAGCAAGCAGCAGCAAGGAUUACCAUGUGAUGACGAGGACGGGGUACCUGAUGGAUUAACGUGUCAAGUGAAGAGUCUGGAAGAAACAGAAGCGUCAUGGUCUGAUAUCUGCCCGUCAACGUAAUCUAGAAACCUUCACCUUACACCGACGCUAACAACAGCAGUGUGCAGAGCUUCCACAACAUGACGUCACAAACAAAUGUCCCUUCCAAACUGCUAUGUCUUGCACUGGUGCUAUCUGUCUGUUCACUAUGCACAGCUCAAAUUUUUACAAAACCGUUCCUCUCCAUGCAAACCCCCAUGAACGCGGGUACCAGUUAUACUCUGAGCUGUAGCUCCAUCGCCAAUGGUGCCCAGAUAACCUAUGUCUGGCGGAGAGGGGACCAGUUGAGCCCCUUCAGCACGAGCACGACAUGCACCACCAUUUCCACGUCAGCCCAAGGUAUCGUAUCUUAUGAGUGUGUCAGCGCCUAUCAGCUGACGGUCAGAAGGGAGGAUAAUGGCGUCAAUAUCACCUGCAUCGCCACCUCGGUCAGUGGGAGAACGAAUAGCGAUACCGGCACUUUCUACAUUCAGACUCCCCCGCUUAGUCAGUACCCAGAGAUUAUUGGGAACGACACCAUCAACGAGGGCCAAAACGUCACGUAUUUGUGUGUGGCGGACGGUGCAGUGCCUCAGGCCACGUUGAGGUGGCGCGUUGGGUCGACGUCGAUAGUAACGGACGGGUAUAGUCCCCCAGCCACCGUCAACACUGACGGCACCUACAGGACCGUGAACUACCUCUACCGUACUUUCUCCGCCUCCGACGACGGUAUCCAGAUACGAUGCGACAUGUCCCAUCCAGCAUCGUCGGGGAAACGGGCAACAAAGACUGUCACAGUUCAAUAUAAGCCGACAAUUACCUCCUCUCCCACGAGUUAUACUUUAACGGAGGGGGUGACCGGCUUCUUGCACUGCUCGUUUGCCGCUAAGCCGACUCCGACCAUUAUCCGGUGGCUCAAGGACAACCAAGUGCUGGACAGGUCAUCUGGACGGUUCCUCAAUGGCGACGCUCCCGCCGCACCCAGUCUAACUAUCAAUAACCCCCAGUCGCAGGACGCGGGGACCUACGUCUGCACGGCCUCCAACGUUGUCGGCAAAGGUUCCGGCCCUGACGUCACAGUCGUCGUUAAAUAUAAACCAAAGGUCUCAAUUCCCAACGCAACGUAUGGCGCCGACAUCAGCGAGUCCCUCACCAUCCCGUGCAACAUCGACGCUGACCCUAGUGUGACGUCAGUCACGUGGUACAGGAACUCAACGGGCUCGGCUCUACCGAUCACCAUCCCCUCGGGGUCGAAGUACACUGGAGGAACUCUCGCAUCCCCUUCGUUGUUGAUAUUCAACCUACAGCCGUCUGAUGCCGCAUCGUACCAGUGUGAGGCUGGAAACAUACUGGGCACCACUCGAAGUAAUGCGGUGACAGUUUCAAUAAGCUAUGCUCCCACGAAUAUUCGGACUGUCCCCAAUUCUUUCGAAGUUAAUGCUGGAGGAGACGUUCUGGUGACGUGUUUUGCCGACGCCGUGCCGUCCCCAACCUACGCCUGGUUCUUCCAAACGGACAGUAUCAACCCUGUCUCCAACAGCGCCGUCCUCAAUAUCACUUCGUCGAAGCCAUCGGACGACGGCAGGUACACCUGCAAGGCAACAAAUGAAAAGGGAGAAGCAUCGAUCAUCGUCGGCAUAAGCGUCAGAUAUCCUCCCAUCAUCAGCUCGAGUGCCACCCCCCAAGAAGUGGACGAAGGUUCUUCAGUGACGCUGUUGUGUUCUGUUACCGCGAACCCCAUCCCUUUCGGGGUUGUCUGGUACAAAAACUCUCAGUUCCUCGACAGGACGAACCUUGCCUACUCAGGGGGGGACAGCGUCGCCUCACCCCAUCUCACCAUCUCAAACAUUCAGAAGUCCGAUGCGGGGAUCUACCAUUGCGAGGUUCCUAAUCAAAUGGGACGCGGUAUCAGCGAAAACGUCACCGUCAGGGUUGUCUAUCCCCCUGAGAGUAUCGCCAUCACUCCCCCUGAUGACACGCACACCCUCAACGAAGGUGACAGUCUGACCCUCGUCUGCGUCGUCAACGCCGUGCCACUCCCCACCUACCAGUGGAGAGCAGGAAGUCAAGUUAUAGCGUCCCUUCCGUUACUCGCUAUCAAUCCAGCUGGACCGGAAGACAACCGAGAUGUGACGUGUGUCGGCUCCAACACCAAAGGAAACAUCACCAAGACGGUCCGGGUUAACGUUGAAUAUUCACCUCGAGUAACAAUACCCGGUGGCGAUGCAUUCGGCGCCGACGAAGGCAACAGUCUCACCAUCCCUUGCGUCGUUGACGCCAACCCAGCAGAUGAGACAUUUCAUUGGCUCAAAGAUUCCGCCGUCCUUGAACUUUCGGAUACCAGCAAGUAUGGCGGCGGGACCAACACGUCUCGCGACCUCACGAUAUUCACGUUGUCCUCCGCUGAUUCUGGGAACUACAGCUGCAGAGCUGUGAACCCAAGAGGUCAGACCACGAGCAGAGCUGUAUUAGUGACGAUCAGCUACGAGCCAGAAAACGUCACAGUGAGCCAAACGUCAGUGACAGUAAUCGAGAACGAGGCUAUACUGGUCACGUGCUCAGCAAACGCCGUACCUUCUCCCAGUUUUAAUUGGCUGAAGGGAAGUGUCGAAUACCAGGAUGGCGCCUACCUAAACAUCACUUCCGCAGCACCAAAGGAUUCAGGGACAUACACUUGCAAGGCUAAUAACACGAAGGGAGAGACCAGCGUUUCAGUGAUCGUUGACGUUCAAUAUUCCCCACGCGUCGCUUCCCCGGAUGAAGAGCUGAUUGCCGAUACCGGAGAUGACGUCACCAUCUCAUGCACAAUCAAUGCCAACCCAAACGUCACGUCAGUUACUUGGAACAUGCUAAACGGUUCAUUCCAACAACCGGUGAAUAUGGCAGACGUAAGGUACACCGGUAGUUCUCCGGCAAGUCCUUCUUUGUCAAUUGUCAAUCUGACGGCCGAAGAUGCAGGACGCUACCAGUGCAAAGGUGACAACGCUAUUGGACCCGGAAGCGGCUCGUACGUCACGCUGACGAUCAGUUUCGUUCCUAAAGAGGUCUCGCUGACACCAUCUAAGGUCAAUGUCACGGAAGGGGAGACAAUUUCAGUGACUUGCUCAUCUAGCGCAGCGCCCUCUGCUACCUACGUCUGGCUUCGUAAUGGAGAUUUCUAUCAAAAUGGCGCCACGUUGUCAAUAUCGUCAGCCUCGACUGAAGACAAUGCCACUUUUAUAUGUCAAGCAAAGAACGAAAAGGGGACGACCGAAUCCAGCAUUGACGUGAAUGUGUCUUAUCGCCCUCGUGGUAUUUUAAAGAAUCCUGUUAUCAAAACAACUAUUGGCAACAGCGCGACCUUGACCUGUCAAACCAAGGCUAACCCGGCUACUUCCUCGUACACAUGGUCAUUUGGUAGCAAGCAGCUAGCAGAGACUGGGGCUAGUCUUGAAAUCACCCCUACAACUGUGGAUGAUUUUGGUCUGUACACCUGUGUCGCUACAAACACCAUUGGGUCAUCUGACCCAAUCAACUUGACCUUGGAGGAGGGUACCACGGCUGAGCCUCCAAAGACUGGGGCAUCAACGGCGUCACUAGGCACGGAGAUAAUUGUUCUAAUUGUACUGCUCUUCCUAAUCCUUAUCAUCAUAAUAAUAGUCAUCAUAAUAGUCUGCUACAAAAAAGGAAAAUGCGGCAAAAAGAAAGAGCCGAAAGGACGCGUGGCUCCAGUUAUAGAGCCGAAGACAGAACCUAUGCCAACAGCUGUGGAGACGUCCUCUACUGAUGCCGAAAAGCCUUCUGUCAGAACCCGCCCCCAAUGGUCAGCUGUCUCCAGACAGGAUGUGCACGUCAAUGUGAAUAAUCAUAUAAAUAAGGAGCACAACAAGAUGAGUGUUGAAGAUGAAACCUCUGCAAAUGGAACAAUUCCAAACGGAGCUCCGGCUGGGGGUCCGAUAAUAUCAAUAAAGGACCCAGAUGAUACUCCGAGAGCACAUCACUUACCUCCUUUACAUUAUGGCGGCGGUGGCAACGGCGAGGAGGAUGCAGAAGAAAGGAGGAAGAGGAGAAGGAAAAAGAGAAGGAAGCGUCAGGAUGAAGGGGAGACAACCGAGCAGCCCAAAUCAGACACCAUAGAUGAAGAAGAGGAAUGAGAAGACGCACAAAGACACACGACUUGUGAUAAACUUCUCUCUAACCAAAUACCAUGUAGCUGCGGCUGUGAUAUAGGUGUAUUCCAGAUGACGUUGGACUGGAGUAUCAGAAUCAACGACAUACGAUGUAAUUGCUGUUAUUUAUUGUCGUCUUCUCUAAGAAGGAUCUCUUCUGACCAAACACAUAUCUGAAGCAGUUACUUGAUAUCAGUGCCUUCCGUCCAAACGAUUAACCUUGAUGUGCAUAUUCUGUGACCAUUGGUUACAUGUGAAACCAGACUUCUGACAUUGUGGCGUUCUGACAUUCUGAUGGCGUCUGACAAUAUGACCAUGUGACUUUAAAGAUGGCAGAUGGGAAGAAGUGUCUUUAAGAUCCUGCAUCCAAUACAUGUACACACUUAUGACACGAUUUCCGUUACCUUGACUACACAACUGGAUAUCAUGAUCUCAGACUGUUGAUGAUGAUGUUGAAUGAUAUCAUGGUGCAAGACGCUGUUACAGGUGUUGUGAUAUUAAAGACUUAAACUGCGUUAACACAGUGCCAGUCAUGACCCAGUCAGUGCUAUAUACAAGGACAAUGAGUUGCCUUUGUUCAUUAAUGGCGUGUAUAUACAGGCAGGGGAAAUGUUUAACAUGUAACUACGUACCUCGGUGAAAUGUUAUACACUGGAUGUCAUCAACAAGGUCCAGUGUUGAAAUUGAAAUUUUAAAAGUUAAAAUUGCUGUUAGUUUUAUUAUGGUUUAAUCUUUCAUUUGUAUACAUAAUGUGACGUGUAGGAGUGUAGAGAAAUUAUGUUUAUGUCAUCAUCGACGAAAUCCAUUUACAUUUUUUUCAUCGUUAAGUCCUCCGCUAUAGGUCCUUCGCUAUUAUUGUUAAUUUAAUGAGAACUGCCUUGUCACGGAUCAUGUACGUGCAUACCCAAAUGUGCCUUUGACUCAAUGAAGGCUUAAAGUAUACUAGACAUAAGCUCACUAUAAGCCUUCAGUAUGUGUCGAUUAUAUGUGCACUUGCAUUGCACUUCAGAGUAGACUAUUAAACUGUGUUCUUCAUG